GGGCCGGGAGACCUUGUCAAAGCAGACAAGUAAAUCUUUAUCCCGGAUUUAUUUUUUCUUGUCGCGUCCGCUCACUGUGCGCCGCGUAAACAGUGGCUCGCUGGAACUGGCCAGGCCAUGGAAGUGUUUCCGAGUGCGCGUCGCCAACCUUUAACGUCCCAGUGUUAAAUUAUAAUUCAAAACAGCCAUGGAAAUCGUAGACGUCGAAGAAUGCCAGCCGGAGCCGUCGGUCGCGACGAGAAAGAGAAGUUUGUGGGCUAAAAUUAACAAUAGGACUACUUACAGCUACUUGUUUAACAUAGUGAUUUCGAUAUUGUUGUUAACGUGUUUAGUGUUAAUAUUGUAUUUCUUUAAGGAAUAUUUGUACGCGAUAUUAGUGUGGGUGGACGAGCAGGACCCCUGGAUAAUCUUUCUGUUGUUUAUGGGGUUGUUCUUGAUAGUGAGUUUCCCAGUGACUAUCGGGUACCUGGUGUUGAUAAUAACGAGCGGCUACCUGUUCGGUAUCGUGAAGGGCCUGGGCACGGUGGUGGUGAGCGCGAACGUGGGGGUGGCGGUGGCGCACUUCACGCUGAAGGCGCUGCGCGGGUUCCUGCCGCUGGGCCGGCUGCUCAAGAACGAGACGGCGCGCGCGCUGCUCAAGGUCAUCUCGGGCCCGCAGGCCUUCAAAAUCGUCUUCUUCGCGCGCCUCACGCCCAUACCCUUUGGCCUGCAGAACACUAUAUUUGCUGUGAGCGACAUCCGCGGCUGCGGCUACCACCUGGCGACCAUGCUGGGGCUGUUCCCCGCGCAGCUGAUCAACGUGUACCUCGGCUCCACGCUGCGCUCCAUGCACGACGUGCUGCACGAGUCGCACGCCACGGGCUACGUGGUGUUCGCGUGCCAGAUCUUAAUCGGCAUCACGCUAAUGGUAUGGGUGGUGCAGAAGGCGCGCAAGGAGCUCACGCUCGCCAUCAUGGCGGCCGAGCUGGGCCGGGAGACCCCGUCCACCAGCAGCUCCAGCUAGCCCACGGCGCCCGAGGACAGCCCCGCCAGCCCCGGCCCCGCCAGCUAGCCAGGCGUGGCCAGGUCCGGCAGCGCAGCCGACCGGCCAGAGGAUAGUAACCCGCGGAACGGAGACGCGAGUGGGGUCUAUGAGUCCACGGCGCCAGAGGACACCGUGGACAGUCCUGACAGCAAGCCAGAGAAUGUGGCCGUUCCGGCCAAUUAGCCAGAGAGUGGAGCCAGGUAGCCAGCGGGGAUGGAAUGGCUAAUGGUGUCUGCUGGUCCACAGACCUGGCCAUAUGUGGGCCACCAGACAGUGUAGUGGAUCAGCCUCCAGGUGACAGUGUAGCUAGAGUGAAGCUGGUCUAUAGACUUGGAUAUAACUAGGCCUGAAAGGGAGGGGAAUUGUGAUAUUAGACUAAGUAGGUACUCGGGAGAUCCUUAAUAAGAUGGCCGCUUUCAUCGUCAACGUAGCCUUCACGUUAUAAGUGUUAUAACAAUAUGAGGACACGCCGAUAAAAGUGCAACCAUUCAUGAUUGUACAGGACGAUAACGAAGGUGGAAAAGAGAUGGACAAUAUGCGGUAGAUCGUAGUGGUGACGUGUGAAUAACCUCUGAGAGAAAUGCUCAUACUUGACUUAUUCUUAGAACUCUUAGAUCUUAAUAUUGGUCGUUUAAACUGUAAAUAGAGAUAAAGAUGUAAUUUCAUUAGGUAUAUUUUCUAAUACGACCUCUGAGAACUGCCAGUGAUCUCUUUAAUCUUUCUUUAGAACAUUUUGACUGAAGUUUAGUAGCGCUAACAAAUCUUGUAAGAUGAAACCUGCAGAAAGUGCCCUGAACUCGUCCACACGGUUAACAGACGAGUAGGAAAUAAAGUUGCUAAGACAAGGUCUAGUAAUGAUCAUUUAACCCUUCAGACGUCAACUGACGUGCCGGCAACGGCCCAAUAUCAACCUUCCGCCGACAGGCGUGCCGUUCAAAGGGAAAAGUGUUGCUAUUGUUAGUCCUCGUACUUACUCAGGAUUUUUGGGUUUUCUUGGCAAAGGCGACAUAUUUAUUUAUGAUUAAUUAUUAAUUAUAAAGAGUUUUGAAACCGUGAUGCAACAAUAACUAUCCUAUUGACAUGUAAUCUCAUCUUGAUUUAAUUAUAUUACUUGUUCUUGAGUAAUGAUGGAUAGGUUAUGUCUCUUCAACACAUGCUUCGGGAAGUAAACAUCAGUGAGGCAUCAUUGUACAAUGCCACCGCUCUAUUUCCGAGCCAAUACAAUGUGGCGCGCGUCCGUAGGCGUCGGUAUUACUCGUCGCAGUGGACAAGUUUAAUGUAUCGGAUAAAAAUGCGUCCGAUCGGCAUUCUGGCGGUUAUCCAAGAUGCCACCGAGGCAGACCGUGCGCCACUCAGUUACUCUGCACUCAGAUGAGUUUCGAUUAAGUCCAACGAGGGCUGUACGGGCAAUGGGGAAUGUGAAGGCUAAGACGGGUGAAACCAUUUCCUGUACUUAUUUUAUCCCGUGUUAGCCAGGAGACGACAGCUGCACAGUUAGGUAAAAAAAAUUGUGGCCUGAUCAACAUUUUUCAUUAGUUAAAAGAUAUUCAAGAGACACUAUACUGGUAACUAAUGACAAGAAAAAGUUAAUUAUUUUUCGUACACAGUAUAUUAGGAGAGAAAAGGUGGGUGGUUCCUCAUAUUGGGAAAACAUAAUCAGGUGAGAAAUCAGUUUCCGUUAUUCCCCAUUCCCCAUUACUUUAUUUAAUAACUAUUUGAUUUCUUAGUUUGCUGGGAAUAUAUAUUUAUAUUUCGGAGUAAUCCGGGACAAAAGAUGGAACCAAAUUUAUAUUAAGACGUGCUCACACUACAAUUUUCGACUUCAACAACUUCUUAUAGAAAUUGUAGCAAAAUGUAUAUAAAUCGUAGUUUUUCCAGUCCAGAUACCUACAUAUUAUAUGUGUAAAUACAUAACUAUUUUUUCAAAAAAUUUUGUCCUUACAGUAUCCAAAUAUACCUUUAACCGGUAGUUUUCUGAUAUUAAUGAAUGUUGCCAAAUUACGGCGGU